AGCACUAAUGCAAGAGGAGGAAGGGAAGAGGAUAGUGUCUAUAGUCUGUGGAUGAUUAUAACAGUCAUGCGUGUUUUCAGCUCUACAUCAGAGGCGUGGAAGUGCUCAGGCAGGAUGGAGGUGAUAAGACGCACAUCUUGAAGGUAUUUGGCGACACUGGAGGAAUGCGCUCUGGAGAACCGAGAACUUUCAUGCUUUGAGAGGUCCAAAGAUCUAUAGAUGUGAAGUUCACAAGAUGAAAUAAGCAAAAGAAGUUCCCUCUGGAGAAGCAACUCAUUUGCUGCCAUCAUGUCUUCAUCCCUCUUCUCAAACCAUAGAACUGCUGUAUCAUCCAAUGAAACUCCUCUGUGCUUUUCGAUCAACAGCCCCCCUUUCAAAUACAACCACACCAUUGCCUCUGCCUACUUCUCAGCGGUGUUUAGCGGACUCGGACUGAGCUCAAACCUCUUCGCCUUGGUAGUCCUAGCCAAGACGUUCCAUCACACCAAGAGCCGGUCCCGUUCCUCCUUCUUGCUGUUUCUUGGUGGCCUGGUGUUUACCGACUUCAUGGGACUCGUGAUCACUGGUUCCAUUGUGGUGUCCUUCCAUAUUACGCACUUCAACUGGCGCGAGCUGGAUCCCCAUUGCCACUUUUGCAACUUCAUGGGCAUGUCUAUGGUCUUCUAUGGCCUUUGCCCGCUGUUGUUGGGGGCCGCCAUGGCCAUGGAACGCUUUGUGGGGAUCAACCGACCCUUUGCUCGUUCAACCAACAUGUCGAAGAGCAGAGCCUUGUCAAUUGUCGCCAUGUUGUGGGUUACGGCAGGUUGUAUCAGCUUGUUGCCUUUGGUGGGGCUUGGAAGCUAUCACCUGCAGAUGCCUGGAUCCUGGUGUUUCCUGAACAUCAGCUCCAAACCUCUGGAUAUGACCUUCAGUUUGAUCUUCUCCCUGGUUGGUCUGCUGUCGCUGGUCGUGUCCUUCUUGCUCAACACUGUGAGCGUGAUUACUCUUCUAAGGGUGUGUUGCGGGCAAGACAGCAGUCAACGGAGACGAGACUAUGAAGUGGAGAUGAUGGUACAGUUGAUCCUGAUCAUGGUCAUUGCAUCUAUCUGCUGGAGCCCUCUACUGGUGUUUAUUGCACAGACCGUGUUGUCGGGCAGCAGCCUCGAAGUUCGUUACCUGCUUCUCUGGCUUCGUUUUGCGACGGGGAACCAGGUCUUGGAUCCCUGGGUCUACAUCCUAUUCCGACGUUCCAUACUGAAACGGAUUUACCCCAGGAUGGACUGGUCCCGUGGCUCAAUCGUCAGCAUGUACUCCUCAUUCUCCACCUCUAUUCGGAGGCGCACUCGUGCCUCUUUCGCGGGAACCCUUGGCGAUUUGGAACAUGGCCGACAACAUCCAGACGGAUCUAAACAGGAGGAUACUCCCUUAUCAGUACAAACCACCUCUGGCUCUUCUCAAUCCUUUAGCAAUUUAAAGAGUUGAAACUUGUGUAGAUUGUACUACUGUAAUUAUUAUGUCUAUUUUGUCAUGGAAAUGUCUGUGAUGGUGUCUGUGGAGAGAAUUCGCAAAGACUUGCGCUGUUAGCGUUGUUUCUAUGCAUGCACUGUCUGCAUCAUUUUAGCACCUGACUCUAUAAAGCAAUUUUGCAAAUCAGGAUAACUACAUCCCAACAAUUUCUGCAGAAUGCAAUUUACACAUCACCAUUCUGAGUGCUAGGUUGUGGACGAUGCAGCAGAGUAUCGUGACUUCGCUCAAAUGUGUUAAAAAACGUAUCGCAGUUAAUUAUGCCUUCUUACCCGAUUGUUAAUUCUGUAAUUAAAGUACUUUUUUCACCAUUGGAGCAAUUCAAGCUUGGAAGAACUUAUAAAUUUGUGUUUUCGCAAGCCGAGUCAGCAGGGGGCAGUCAGCGCGCCUCAACAGCCUCCGAAUCCAAGCAGGUAUAGCUGGCGGCCGGAGAUCUCCAAAAUGGGGCGGGGUUACUCCAGAAGGGGGAUGCACCAACUCCAAAAGGGAGUCGCACUGAAUCAGAGCUGGUCUUGACAACUGGAUGGAGCACGACAAAAUGAUUUAUGACGCUGAAAACCAAUGAGAUGCUCCAAAAGUGUCCGUCUGAUGCUUACGUACAGUACAUACACCGCCAAUUAAAAAUAGCACAUGUUUUUAUUAAUCAGGCCCAUUGACUUAAUUUAGAUACGUUUUAUUCCAGCACAGUUGCGAUGAUUUGGGAAUAAGGCGCAAGAUUUUGCACUGAAAUACCGUGCUCAAAAAUGGCGCAACUGUAAAUUCGCCUCUAAGAAUUGGAAUUGUUUUCGGUUUCAACUGGUCUAAUGGCCGAGUAAACCCAUCCAUCAGGAAAGAAAUUACAUGUUUAUAUUUACAUCUGCUGUGGAUCACACUCACUGAUCUCCACACAUUCCUCUGAGUCAUGAGCUUGGCUUGUGGAUCGAGAUGCAUCGUUUUCGUAGAGUCGCUGAAGGCCGGUCUGGCCAGACUUUUCAAGAAGGGCAUGUUUGAGCUGUCUUAACGUGGCAAACUUGUAGUAAUUCAAAGCAUACAAGUGGAGUGGGACUAAAUCGAGGCAAACUUACAGAUGCUGUUGUGGAAGCUCACAGACGGGUCUCAUUGCAGGAAUACUGCCCAGUACUGGCUGGCUUCCCAGACAUAUACACUCCCUUUGCUUGUCUUUAAAACUAUGAGGACCGCACACUUUGUCAAAAUGGCAUUAAAACAAUCGUCUGAUUUUGAAUGCAACUGUGAAAGAAAUUCUGAUUUAUUUCUAGUCUAAGUGUAAAAAGAAGACUCUUUUCCAAAACAUAGUGAGCUUGCUGUCUAAUGCCUAUGUC